AUGGAAAAUUUAAUUCCUAAUGAUUCUGCUUCCAGUAUUUCUAAUGAUUCUACUUCUAGUACUUCUAAUAAUUCUACUUCUAAUAUUCCUAAUGAUUCCACUUCUAGUACUCCUAAUAAUUCCAUUUCUAGUAUUUCUAAUGAUUCUACUUCUUGUACUCUCAAUAAUUCUAUUUCUAGUAUUCCUAAUGAUUCCACUUCUAGUACUCCUAAUAAUUCCACUUCUAAAGAUGUAGAUAAUUCAAUAGUAGACAUGGUUGUUGCGACAGGAAUAUCCUUUAAUGUCCUUAAUAAUCCAUUUUUUCAUAGAAUGACUAAAAAUCUUCACUACAUUACCUAUUUAUAUAAAAUUCCACACCCAACUACAAUAUCACAACAUCUUACUGGCAAUAUAUUUGACUCGAGAUUAAAAUUUAUUAAAGAUAUAUUGGCCAAAACUUCUGAAAAAAUUUCACUCAUGUGUAACAGAUGGUACUCAACCAUUCAUAAGUGCCAUUAUACUGUUAUUACAGGAUCCUGGAUGGGUGAUAAUUGGAAAAUAGUUAAUAUUGUUCUAAGCUUUCAAAAGACAGGGCAAACAGCAAAUGAAAUAAUAUUAGCAAUCAUGAACACAUUAAAAAAUUAUUCUAUUGGAAAAAAAUAUUUGCACUUAUGA